UUUAAUUAAAAACAUUUACUCCACAGCUUUGUGAAGGAUUUUUAAAACCCAAGUAGAUUUGUGUAACUAUGUGUAAAUUUUAAUUCUUUUUUUGUUGUUAUUUGCAGGAAUAAUCACAUUAAAAUUACACAAAAAAAACUGGCCCGUACAAUUAUUUUAUUUUUAAAAAAAUGUGUGGAAUCUUCAUGCGUUUUGUGACUUUUAAAUCAUUCCGAUGGCAAAGGGUUUGUUUGUAUAAAAAUGAGACAAUCUCAGCAAAGUAACUUUGCUUCAUCAGUCAUCAUGUAUCAAUGUGUUAACUGAGUUUCUGGUAAUAAGUGAAAGCAUGUCAUUUGCUCCUGAGAGAAACUGGUUUGUGUCUAUGUGUUGAUGUGGGUGAAAUAACAAUCAAAUGAAAAUUGUGAAAAAUAAAUGAUCAUUAUUAUUAUUAAUAGUAGUAGUAGUCAGGGCAGGAAUCUGGCCCUCGUGCCCUCCUAAUUUGGCCCUGUGCCCCUGAAAAAAUUAAGGCCACAGUGGCCUUGAUGCCCCAGGUGAUUUUGCGGUUUUCUCCUCUGCCUCUUUCCUGUCAACACGGCUUUGACACCUGGGUCUUUUUUGCAUGCGAUGACAUUCUGGACUCUUAUUGGGCAACAUCAAAUGAGACGAUGAGUAGGCUACGUCACCAGUGGGGGGUUUGAUUCCAGCCUGGCAUGAAGCGCUCGGACGGGCUAUAACGACAGUUUGACACCAGUCUAUCACCGGCCAACCAGGAGACUUCAUCAAACGCCCGGGCAGGGAUCGGUACCGGUAUUAAACAACCCAAGAUUCAUUGUUGGCUGCCUGUGGCUGAAGUCUAACAUCCAAUGGAAACAAGACCUUUGAUAGAGUGGAACACUGGUCUCUUCGACUGCUUUGAGGAUGCAAGUUCUUGUUGCUAUGGUUUCUGGUGCGGCCCUUGUCUUGCCUGCACGGUGUCAGAAAGAUUUGGAGAGAACCGUUGUCUCCCGUUGUUUGACAUAUGCUGUGGGAAAUCUCCAUGCCUGCCUUCUCCUGCAGUCCUCUCUCUAAGGGCUGCCAUGCGAAACAGAUACGGCAUCAAGGGUUCUCUGUGUAAGGACAUCAUAGCUUCCUGCUGCUGUGAGUGGUGCGCCUGGUGUCAGAUGCAUCGAGAGUUAAAACAUCGCAGACAAACUCCCACUGUCAUCAAUAUGCAGAAUCAAACCAUUGUACAAAUGCAGCCUCCUGCAGUCAUGAUGGCUCCUCCAUACCAACCCCAAGGUGGUUAUGUGUACCAAGGAGUCCCAGCCCAAGACUGUGGGGUGACUCAAUCAGAAGUCCACGUGCAGCUAUAAUGAGCUCUGU